UGGUAGGUGAAGUCUCGGUACGUUAUUUUGGCAGAAUUAUCCACACAGCUACAAAAUCGCUCAACAAAUGACUCCCAUGGAGUCGAAUCUAAAUCUGACCUUGACCUAACAUUAAACACGACGAACAAUUAGUCUUUUUUUAAUUGAAUCAAUGCGAAAAAAAUAAUAGGCAGUACACAGACACACCAUCGUUGACUUGAACCAAAAUUAUGAAAUGCCCACAUGAGAAAUACAUUCACUUGGACAAUUAUGCAACAGGAGCUGCAUCGGCUGCGCUGUGCUCCAUGCCUCCUGAUCGCAUCAAGCCUUGGAGUCUUAAACCCAUUUGUCCUGGAUUUGAUAUGACAUUUCAUCAUCUACACUGAUUUUGUGAAGAUAAUAAUUGAUUUAGACAACCCAUCAGCUAAUUUGAGAACAUAAUUUAUAGAAAGGCUUGCUCUUCUAUUGCUGAAUACAUUGUGAAGAUGAGCAAUACAAGAGUAAGGCAGCCCCAGGUACUGUCAGUGCCUAGACCUGAUUCUAUGCCUUGUAACACGCUAAAGAAUGGAUUCAAAUCUCCUGUUUCUGUUGAAACAAAUCCUUUGAACCCUGAAAGUUCCAUAGAGUUUGAUAUAUUGGUGGGUGCAUCAUCUAUGGCACGCUUUGGUAUGGAUAUAGGUGGGACACUAUGCAAAGUUGUCUAUUUUGAGCCUGCUAGACCAUCUGAAGACGAACAUUUAGAGCCAGUAUCAUGUAAAGGUGCGGGGAUCCACAAGAAAAUUGUUGUUUCUGGUGCUGAACCUAUUGCAGAAACUGAUAUACAGAAUAGUGUGCAUUUUGAAAUGAUGUCUGGUUCAGGCAAAUUACCGGACCAGCUGAGAAAUUCAGAUCAACAUAGUAACUCUGAGGGUGGAAUGCAAGGAUGUAUCAAUAUUGAUGGUAUUAGGACUUCUUUAGCUACAGCGAAUGGAGAAUUUCCAAAGGAAGGGGAACGUUCCAUUAGCCAUCCAGAAAGUAAUGUUCGCAAGAUAUGGCUAUCCAGCCAUGUGCCUGUUGAUUUGCCAGCUCGUGGAACUCUUCAUUUCAAAUGUUUUGAGACCUGGAGAAUAGAGGAAUUUUUGAGACUUACACAAGAACACUCUCUUGUUGGUCAAGGCCGAGCUAUUGGAGCAACUGGGGGUGGAGCUCGAAAAUUCUUUGACAGAUUUUUUGACAUUGCUGGUUUGUGCCUUCAGCAUUAUGAUGAGUUAAAGAGCUUGGUGCGAGGUAUCGACUUUUUGGUCAGGAAUGCUCAACAUGAAAGCUUUGAGCAUCCUAUAGGUUCAUAUAAAGCAGGGCAUAUACAACGUCCUUGGAAGUCACAUGAAAAUAGCAGUGAUGAUGAUGACAAUGAUUGUCGUCUUAGGGAGAAAGGAAGACAACAUGGUGGGGACGAGAAUAGUAUGAAACUUCAUUCCAAUGAGGAUGCCAUUGAAAAGAGUGAUGAUGGAGAGAAGCUAAGGACUACAGCAGUCUCAGAAAGCCCUCAUCCUGAAAGAGAUGGCAACAGUGUAUUGUUAGAUGGGAGCCAGAACUUGUACCCCUAUCUUGUGGUAAAUAUUGGGUCUGGUGUUAGCAUUUUGAGAGUGGAUUCUCCAGACAAGUUUCAGCGUGUUGGUGGCACAAGCCUUGGUGGAAGCACAUUUUUGGGGCUUACAUCAGCAUUAACAGGUUGCAACAGCUUUGAAGAAGCUGUUAAUCUAGCUGUGAGAGGAGACUCAACACAAAUUGAUAUGCUUGUGGGAGAUAUAUACGGUGGUGACUAUAUGGAGAUGGGUCUAGCAGCAACAACAGUGGCAAGCUCAUUUGGGAAGCUCGUUGAGCCAGCUAAAAGGGAUGCAGCAGUGAAGACACCUGAGCAUCUGGCAAAAGCAGUUUUACUAAUGAUAACAAAUAACAUUGGCUCAAUUGCAAUGUUGCAUGCUCGUGCAUCAGGUGUUGACCAUGUUUUGUUUACAGGCAGUUUUUUACGUGGCAAUAAAGUAGCAACAAAGCUAUUAUCAGUUGCCAUGCAAUUUUGGUCCAAAGGCCUGAUUAAGGCAAUAUUCUUGAGGCAUGAAGGGCAUGCUGGAGCAGUUGGGGCAAUGCUAUAUGCCUUGGACCCAACUUCAAAGGAAGAUGCUAUCUUACUAGCAUAAUUAUUUUAGUUCUGGCAAUAAUGUAUUGAUAUAUUGUUACGGGAAUGGCAAACCAAAUUACUAAUGAUUAAAAAGGAAUUGCUUAAUAGGACAGCAUAAUUCUUCUUAUGCGUUGAUGUCAACCCUAGGUACUUCUGUAUAUAUUUAUUUCUUUAUCUCCAGUUUCUAGAGAUGGACAAGAGUGGCAGUAAUUACUUGGUAAUUUGUGUAUAUAAUCUCUCCAUUAUCUCCAGCCUCUAGAGGUGGACACUUAGCAGUACAUAUUAAUGGUGUGUAAAUAAACGACUUUGGGAUGCCCAUGCCCAAGCUGGAAGAGGCUUUUAAUCAAACAGGGAAAUUCCUUGAAGUAUAAUUGUCGCUGAAAUUAUAUCUGAUAUAAUAGAAAUAAUUACCCCAUAAGCAACACAUGGGAACAA